AUGGCAGAGGCAAUUGGCAUCAUCUCUGCGAGUGGUCAGUUUGUUGAACAGAGUAUCAAAAUCUUCAAACUGGCAAAAAAGGUUCAAAGCAAGUUUACGGACGCACCCGACGAGCUUGAGGACUGGCGCAACGAACUCGAGAGCCUCCGACGAAUUGUGGAUGAAAUUCUCAAAACGCCUGCCCUGCAUACCGACAACUUGGAACGCAUCGUCACAGAGUGCAAACGCGUGAGCGAAAAGCUCCUCGAUUUGUUUUGCAAUAUCGAUUUCAAAGAAUCGGACUCCUUCGCUCACAAAUCGUGGAGAGUCGUGGUGUCGCUGGCAAAAGAAGAGGAAAUUCGCGAAUUGUUUAACAAGCUUGAAAGAUGCAAAUCGACGUUGAAUGCUGAAAUGGCCAGCUCAGGGGCAAUUCAGUUGGCUCAAGUUAAUGAGGGAUUUGCUCGUACAGCAUCGGCUUUGGAUGAAAUCAAGCAAUCAUUCCGCCCUGGCACAGACGAAGACAGGUGCAUUCGAUCGUUAUUCGUUACCGAUCCUCUCAGCGACAGGGAAGGCCUUGUCACAAUCAAAGGCCACCGGACUCGAGGAACAUUUGAGUGGAUCCCUAAUACAAGUCAGUAUCGGGACUGGGAAGCAAAUCAAAACGGCCUUCUUUGGAUCUCAGGUCCUCCUGGAAAGGGGAAAACUAUGAUUUCUAUCUUCCUCUCCAAACGCCUGGAAACCAACAACCAGGAUGGCACUGUCAUAUGGUUCUUCUGCGACAACAAGACGGCGUCUCGAAACAGCGCUGUCAAUGUUGUUCGAGGCCUCAUGACCCAGCUUAUCAUGAAGCACCCUCGCGUUCUUUCAUUCUUGCUCCCCACGUGGAAAGUACAGCAAGAUAAGACAUUUCACGCAAAUUCUUUCGAGACAUUGUGGAGAAUUCUUCUCAGCAUGUUGGCUGCGUUAAAGAAUGAAAAGGUGUAUUGUGUGCUAGACGCUCUGGACGAGUGUGAUGACGAGUCUCUGUCGUCGCUUCUAUUCAAGAUCAAAACACUUUUCGACCCAUUACAGAACGAUGACGCACGGAAGUCUUUGAAGUUAAUCAUCGCAAGUCGAGAAUAUCCACUAUCCCUACCUCAAAAUCUUUCAGUGUUUCUUAGAAUCGCAUUGAAUGAUCUUGACCAUGAUAUCCAACUUUACAUUGCCGAGAAGGUUGACCACCUCAGUCGAGUAAAGAACAUACAAGGGUCGCCCUUACAACAUCGCAUUGAGAGUGCCCUUAGGGAGGGUGCAGAGGGCACUUUUCUCUGGGUCAGCUAUGUUGCCCAAGACCUAGAGCAGAAGACCCUCGACGAGAUUGAGACUGCCCUGGAUCAACUCCCACGUGGCCUAUACGCUAUAUAUGACAGAAUUAUCGCCAAAAUCAACAACAAAACCCGUGAUCUUGUCAUCGAUAUGCUAAGGUGGAUACUCCUUGCUGCACGGCUACUCAAGAUAUCCGAGCUUUGCAAUGCUAUAAAUGUCAAAGCCACAGACUUCCUAACGCAGGAACAAGUAUGCCUGGGCUACGUCCAGUCAUGCGGUCACUUGCUGCAACUUCAGACCUGGGACAAGGAUCGUGAACUGUGGGUUGCUUAUCAACAAUAUGACACGGACUCCGUGCAAAACUCACAAAGAUCAAUCGCUAUUGGCCAGCUACGCACCACAUUCCUGCAUCAGAGCGCGAAAGACUUCUUCUCUGGUCAAAGGGUCAGCAGUUUACCUUUUCAUUCGCUCGCAGAUACACAAAAAGGACACACCGUAAUAGCCGAACGACUGUUCGCGCUCUUAGAGGCGCGGCUGUCCUCAAGACCACUGGGUUACGAGGUGAUACAGGAGCCCUCGAGGCAAACGCCGCUCUUACCCUACGCGGUCGAGGAAUUGACUUUUCACAUACGUCGACUGACUGAAAAUGUCGGAAGUUUAAUACAAAGAAAUGAGAGAUUCUUCGGUAAACCAUCCAAUCUUCGAGAUCUUUGGUGGUGGCAUAAAUGUAAAAGUGGGAAUAAUAUCGAUUUCGAAGAUUCAAAGAAUGUGCCUCUCCUGCACGUCGCGUGUGGAGAGAAUCUUUUCCAGUUAGCAAGAGCUUUGCUCCAGACGAGCAACAUUUUAACGAGAUUAAAGCACAGGAGGGAUAUAAACACGCAAUGGGGUCACUGGAAAGAAACACCCCUUCAUAUAGCAGUGAAGGGUGGAUCGAGCCGGAUUGUACAAUUGUUGCUGGAGCAUGGCGCGAAUGUCAGCAUCACGGAUAAAUUCGAGCGAAGCGCCUUACACCAUGCCGAUUACUAUUUCACGGGUUUGAACGAAGGCAUCUACAAGCUGCUCUCAACUUCGAAGACAGCAAGUAGGAUUUUCAAGAACGAAGCCAAAGAUUACCAAAGAUCACCGGGAAGACAAUCUUUGCUCCAUUUAGCAGCGGCGUCCGGUAGGUACAACAUAUGUCGCGAACUUAUUGAGGUUUGGCGAUAUAGCAUUGAGCAAGCGGACGUUGCGGGAUGGAAGCCCAUCCACUUUGCACUGGCGGGUGGUCAUAUACAUCUCUUUCAUCACAUGGUAACACACUGGUCUGCAGACUUGGGGCCUCAUGGCGACUUGUUCAAGGCUAUCAUGUUUGUAGGAUGGUCUGGACGGGGUUCUCUCGUGGAAUCGUUCAAAAUGCUGAUCGAGCAUUUUGGGUGCGACAUUAACACCACUGAUACAAAUGGCAGUACAGUCUUUGACACCCCUUACGCAAAUGCAAAUGGUAACACAAUUUUUCACCACCGAAACUUCGAUUAUCGAGUGAUGCAGAUUGUGGACGAGUUGGGAGUAUCAGUCGAUUGGAACAAGCAGAAUUCUGAGGGAGAGACAUUUAUCCACUCCAAUCCAACGUGGCUACAGGAUCCAAGACUCUUGAUUGUUUACUUACGGCAAUCACAACUAAGAAUCAACACUCGAGACAAUCGGGGGAGAUCACCGCUCUAUUCAUACUGCGUUAAUAUACCAACAUACCCUAGCUACAAUACGUUUGACGUCCGGAUGCUCCUUGACUUCGGAGCUGACCGUCAUUUGAAAGACAAGGAUGGUAAAACUGCACUCGAUACAUCUAUCAGUGCUCGAGAUGAUGAGAUAGCUAGGCAAUGUCAUGAUAGUGAAAGGUUGGAAUUUCUUGAUGAGACGAUCAAACUCUUGGCAAGUUACUCCACUGCUGCCAUAGACCCUCGAAAGGUCGAGUUGCACCACGACAGUGAGAAAUGGCUGGAUCCGAUCGACUGGCAUAGCAAUUGUUCCUAG